UUAUUUUAGGAUGAAGCUCAAUUAACCCUCACGUUCUGUCUAGAAGAUGGACCCAAACGAUAUUGUAUAGGACGAACUUUAAUACCUCGAUUUUUCCGAAGUAUAUUCGAGGGAGGAGUUACAGACUUACACUGGGAGCUCAGACAUGCGAAGGAAAGUGUGCAUGCUGCUACGGUAUCGUUGGACUGUGAUCAGGCUACUAUGGUUACCCAGCAUGGGAAGCCAAUGUUUACAAAGGUGUAUACGGAGGGGCGUCUCAUUGUUGAAUUUAAUUUCGAUGAUUUGAUGCGAAUUCGAACUUGGCAUUUUGCAAUCAGAAACCACAGAGAGCUCGUCCCUCGCUCGGUUAUCGCGAUGCAGGAGCCGGGAAUGGUUGAAACCUUGUCAAAGAAUAUAACGCGGCAAGGACUCACCGCUACAACACUUAACUACCUCAGGCUGUGCGUUAUCCUGGAACCCAUGCAGGAACUAAUGUCGAGACAUAAAGCCUAUGCCCUCAAUCCCCGGGACUGUUUAAAGACGACCCUCUUUCAAAAGUGGCAGAAAAUGGUGGCGCCCCCUGAAACGACGAAACCGACGAAUAAGCGGCGGAAGCGCAAGGGAUCCCAGGCUGCUACAGGCCAAUCCUUGUCCAAGAAGGGCGUUUCUCCCCGCCCUACCUUCUCCCUAGCCUCUCAGGAUGUGAUGGUGGUAGGUGAGCCCAGUCUGAUGGGAGGGGAGUUUGGUGAGGAGGAUGAACGACUGAUCACACGUUUAGAAAACUCUCAAUAUGAUCCUUCAUUAGGACACGCCCCUCCCUCCCUUGAGGACUCAUAUAAUGGAGGCGGGGCACCCCUCCCUCCUCCCUGGGCCCGGGGGAGUAUAGUCCAGCCUCUUCCUCCCUCCAGUCAAGAGCUAGACAUCAAAAGAUCUCCGCCCAGUUCUAUAUAAACUCCUAAUUCAGGAGUUUAGUCCGAAAAUACAAUCCCAGAAAGGAGAAUUAAACUUAAAGGAGGUUAAGUCUCCUGAAGCUGAAGUUAAAGUGAAAAAUGAACAGUGCCGAGUUCACUCUUAGAAAUCAAUAUUAAUUCUUCUACGGACAUAUGAAACCCCAUGGAGAUCGGAAUUUAUGAUCCUGAGAUCGGGAUUAACAAUCCUGAGAUCGGGAUUAACAAUCCUGAGACCGGGAUUAACAAUCCUGAGAUCGGGAUAAACAAUCCUGAGAUCGGAAUUUAUGAUCCUAAGAUCUGAAUUCAUGAUCCUAAAAUCUGAAUUCAUGAUUCGGAAAUCAAUUCAUGAUCCUGAGAUCGGAAUUUACGAUCGAAAAUUAUUAUUCUGAGAUCGGAUUGUAUUAUUCUGAGAUCAGGAUAUAUGAUCAUGAGAUUGGAAUACAUGAUUCUGAGAUCUGAAUUCAUCAGCCUAAGAUAAUCUUUAGAUCGAAGUUUAUGAUCCUUAGAUGUAUCGAGUUCUGUUGUGUUCUAACAAUCAAGAAUGAAAUGAUCUUGUUAUUAAAUCUUGAUUUUUGGUCUAGGAUCGCCUUUACAAAAUAUACUUCUAAGACUAUACCUCGGCUCUAAGAUUAAAAAAAAAUCUUUAAUUUCUUCCUCCAUGGUUUCUCCUAUCUCCGGGCUGAAGAUUACAAUGCUAAAACCAAAGUAAACCUUGAAACACAAGAGCAGGGGAUAAAACCAACUACGCUCUACUGGUACCCGAGUUUUAACUACAGUACAAGACAUUUUUUCAUUUGAUUUUUCGUUUAUUGAUUAAUGUUUUAUCUAUUGAUUUUUGGUUUUUGCUAGCUUUCCAUUUCUGGAUGAAUCCGAAUCAGGAUAAAACUUGUUUGUUCAUUAGAAAUCCCCGAAACUUUUUUUGUCGGAUUUCACGCAUUUGGCGGAUUUGACCUACUGUAGUAAAUUCUCUUGUUGCUUGUGAGUAUGCUCUCCUGAUUAUAGCUUGUCUAUAAUCUAUAUCUAUUUAUCAAAUACACAAAUAAUGCCAAAUAUCUUUUUACUUUAGAUAUCCAUUAUCCAAUCCUGUAACAAUGUGAUUUAG